GGCAUGGAGGAGGCCAGGGGCCCUCGGCCUCGAGUCCCAGGUGUCCAACCCCGUGAGGAACGCGAAUCCCCGCGCCCUGUGACGGGGAACAAUCCUGCUAAUGUGCGACCCGGCCUCCCCAUCCCAGGAAGACUUCGACCGCCUGCGCUCCCUCUGCUACCCGGACACCGACGUCUUCCUGGCCUGCUUCAGCGUCGUGCAGCCCAGCUCCUUCCAAAACAUCACCGAGAAAUGGCUGCCCGAGAUCCGCACCCACAACCCCCAGGCGCCGGUGCUGCUGGUGGGCACCCAGGCCGACCUCCGGGACGAUGUCAACGUCCUGAUCCAGCUGGAUCAGGGGGGCCGGGAGGGCCCCGUGCCCCAGCCCCAGGCUCAGGGCCUGGCUGAGAAGAUCCGCGCCUGCUGCUACCUCGAAUGCUCGGCCCUGACCCAGAAGAACUUGAAGGAGGUGUUCGACUCUGCCAUUCUCAGUGCCAUCGAGCACAAAGCGCGGCUGGAGAAAAAACUGAACGCCAAAGGUGUGCGCACCCUCUCCCGCUGCCGCUGGAAGAAGUUCUUCUGCUUUGUUUGAACAGCUAUGGCGGAGUCGGGAGCAACAGGCAUGAAGCCCCUGGACAUCUGGAGCCUGGGGUCGGGGCUACUGGCGGGACCAGGCUACCCCGUGAGACUCAGUUCCCUUCUGAACACUAUGGGGACCUGGGCCUCUAACUGCCCACUCCUGCCAGGUUGAGCCUCGGGCCUGGAAGAAGGGAGGCUGUAACUUGGAUUUCUGUGGUUCAAGGCUUUCAGGGAAAUCCCAGCACUUUGAUUUUCAUGGGAUGGUCCUCACAGUGUCAGCCACCUCUAAGCAGUUUGGGAUCCAAUUCCCAGCUUCUUAUCACGGGCCCUCGGUCCCGCUGGCUGAAUUAGGACCCCCUGUGGAUGUCCCCACCCCCUCCUUGGCACAGGGGUGAGGAAGAGCCCAGGGAAUAGCUGGGCAUCUUGGAGAGCUCGAAGGUGUCCAGCCCUAUCUGGGAAGUUUGGGAUGGACUGUGUAAGGUAGAAGUCAGUGCGAGAUCAAGAGGGAGCAGAAAAGGAGGCCGUGGAGCCUUGGGACUGGAGGCUGGGAAGGAGGAGGCAGGUCAGAGAGCGAGGCCUGGAAGGAGUAAGACACGGAGAGCAGAGAAGUGGAGCAGCUGAGGAGUAAGGCUGAUACCUGGGCUGCCCUCAACCCCCAAGGCCAGGGAGGGCGGGGCUGAUCCCUGGGAAGAACUGGGUUUCAGGGCUCCCUCGGCACUGCCCAAACUGGCUGGGCUAGGAGUGGGGCAGGAAGUGAGAGGAAAGGCCCAGCAGAGGAGGGGGAGAAGCUGCAAACCAGAAUCGGAAGGAAGAAGGGGCUGGGGAUCACCUUUUUCUCCAAGGCCGCAGCCUAGAAGGUAGGGCCGUGCAGGCUGCAAAUAAAGAUUUAAGUUUCUGAA